AUGCAUCAAUUUAACAAUAGUAAUACUAAAAAGCCUCCUGCAACGGCUCUACCUUCCACUCCCACAAAGAAACCUCUCCCAACUCCCAUUCAAACUCAUGUAAAUAAUCAACUUUUCAAUAGAUUUGCAGCAACUGGUAAUAAUCAACAACAAUCUUCAUCAGUUACUAAUAAUAGUAGUAGUAGUGGCAAUUCAUCGAAUGGUAGUAGCACGAGUAGUAGCAAUUCACCUCCACCAACAUUACCAACAUCAGGAACCAAACCAUCAUCAACACCUCCAAACAAUAGCAACAAACAAUCAACCACUUCUCAAAACUCAAUCUAUUCCAUUUCCAGAUUCAAUUAUACUUCAUCUAUCAUUUCAAAUUCUGGUUCUUCAGGCAUCUCAAAGAGUGGAGUAAUUUUGGACGAUGAUGAUGAAACCAUCUUUUCAAAAUUCGGAAAAGGAGCAUCAAGCUCCAACACUACCAACACACCCUUCAAAAACAGUUAUAAUAACAGCACAAAUUCUGUCAAUAGUAAUAACUCUAGUAGCAGCAGCAGCAGUGGUAGUAACAAUUCAAGUCCAAACAAUAAGGCAAUACCCAAUCUUGCCAUCAAUCAAGGAAGAGCAAACAUUCAAUUGGGAGAGAAUGAAUCCAUCAAGUCACCACAUUCUCCACCUGCAUUCAGGAAGGAUACUUUAUCAGAUGAUGGUCUUAUCAAUGUUAGUGGCAGUGGAGGAGGAACCUUUUCAAGUGAGAGAAAGAAAAAAUUGAGAAAAAGUGGCUCGAGUUCUUCUUCCUUGUCUUUCACAGCAAAUAAUCCAUUAUUGAAUCAGACAACCACAAAUUCUAUCAAUUCAUUUUCUCUCCUCGAUGAGAAUCAUCAUGAUCGAUAUGAUGAAUUCUAUGAUGAGGAAGAGUAUCCAUCUCUAGAAUCUCCAACAUUUGCUCUUGCUCCUUCUGUUGUGAAACGUCACAAAAUGAAGCAAAAAUCACUUGACAAUAAUUCAGAAAAGAAAGAUACCAUUAUUGCUGAGGAUUUACUCUCCUCUAUUGAACAAUCGAUGGAAGAUUUAUUGGACAGUGACAAUAGUGGAUUUAUAUUCCCAACAUCAUCACAGGGAAUGCAACACAGUGGAGAGGGUAUUUUUGGAGACAGCUUAUUGCACAGUGGCCAUCAACAAUCGACACUUCCAAUCAAAAUGUUCUCAUCAACGAGUAGUAGUGGAUCAUUUAAGGGUUCUUUCACUCAUAACCUAGAUAUGAAUAUUCCAUUUAUUUACACAACAAGUGAGGAGGAAAUUGAAAUUUCCACAACUGGAUCCAUCUCUACCAACACAACUAGUACAUCUAUGGAGGAUUAUAGUGGAUAUUUUGGAUCUAAUACACCAACUACAGUGGCUGGAAAUCAAUUUCAUCCAUUUCCUUCCAAUAACAAUAAUAACACGACUGGAUAUCAAUCGCCAAAUACUCCACCAAGUUCUCCCUCUGAGAAGGAUGCUCGUUCAAGGGAUAGAAUGAUUACAGCUUCUCCAAAACAACUUCCAAAAGUCAAAUCAAAACCUAUUCUAGAGGAAGAUGUUGUAACAUCUGAUUCAAACUCUUCAUCUGACGAAGAAUUAUUCAGCUCUGAAAAGAAUUCCUCUGAAAACAUGAUUGACUAUACAAGUUGUGAAAAUAUUGAGCAAAUGAAUGAAGUUUUUGAGAAGGAAAUUUUUAAUUCAGAGAAGGAAAAGAAAAUUUCUCUAGAUAUUCAAAGAUUAAUUUCAAAUGCUCCAAGCUUCCAAUCUCUCUUGGCAUUGAUAAAGAAGAUGAAGGACCAUUCAUUAAUUUAUCAUGACAAUUCACAAAAGAUCAGAUCAACAGUUUUUCAAUGUUUAAAGAAAAAGAUCAAGGAACUCAAUAACAGGUAUCAACUUCAGAGCUUUAAUUCAGAUUUGGUUAACACUAGAAGAGACUUGGAUACCAUAUUUCAAAUGUGUAACUUGCUCCCAAAUGAAGAGAUUAUUUAUUGUAUGAUUCAAUCUCCAGUGGUUGCAGAAAUCAAUACCGAAAAUGAUUUGAAUGAGAUUGCCAAUCUAUUAGAAAAUAUUCAAAUGAACAUCAAUCAAGCCAAUUCAAUCCAAGGAUACUUCAGAUUAUUUGAUGGAACAAAACGUUGGCUCAUUCACAUCUUUACCCACAACAUCAGAAUUGUGGAGUCAAGUGAUUCUAAAGAAGUCACCAGCAGCCAAUCAAAAAGAAAUUCCACCUCACUCUUGUUCCUUCUUCAAAGUCAACAGAACACAAUGAAGUUAGAGAAUUUCCUACUCUUUAUUGAUAGAUUGGUCAAGUUAAACUUUUUGAAGGAAUAUGUACAUGUCUUGCUUGACGAAUUAAUGUUGACACCAUUCUUUGUUUCCCUCUCUGCUUUUGAAUAUAUAGAAUUUAUGGGAAGAUUCAAGGGAAGCAUGUUUUCCAACACUCUGAAGAGUUACAUUAUUGAUAAGUGUUGCCAAUUCAUCACUCAGAGUGCAACCAGCAAGGAGGCCGUCCUACUGUUCGAGAUUAUUACUCAUGUUGUAGAUGAGGACAUUAGUUUGGUUUUCCUAAAGACAUUGCUAUUGUCUUCUAACUUACAACAAAGCUAUGAGACCAUCGUUAAAAAUCCUCUGUGCUACCACUUUUUCAAGUUUAUCAAGAAUACUGAAAAGAAUUCGGGCAAUGAGAACUUUACCAAGAUCCAAACAGAAGUUUCCGCCCUGAUGGACAUUUACUUCAAACUUGUGUUCCAAUUAUUGGACAAGACAUGCACCAUAUCAACUCUUCACAUGGUCUUGAAACACGAAGCUCAGUUCAUGAAAUUGGUAUACUUGAUGGGAGAUGUUGGAUUCAAUGAAUCUCAUGUAAAACAAUUGAGACAAGAGUUGCUUUCUUUCAAGACUACUCUUGAUGCAGCCCAGAAUUUCUUGACCAUGUUUGCUGAUGAUCCAAACUUUUUUGAUACUAGUCUAGUGUUAGAUACCAUCAUCAAAAUUAGAAGAAAUAUGGGAGAAAUGGUAUUUAAAAAGAUUCAAAAGCAAGUAUCCGAGCUCAUUCCAUUUGGAUUUGAAGAGUUGGCUUUCUUCUACGAGUUGAGAACCUCAGAGUUUUUCCUUGUUUUGUGGAGGGAUCUCUACACAAAAGCUUCCAAUAAUGAAAAACACACCAUCGAUUCUAUCAAGAAUAAGUUGGUUCCAGAUGUAAAGAAUAAGUGGCUGGGAUUUUACAAGUCAAUCGAUUCUCUCUCAAUCAAAUUGAACGAGUUUUAUUCAAUCCUGAGAAAGUGUAGAUAUGAGAAUAGAGUUGACAGUUUACUAUCCAGCACUAAUGUCCAAUAUCAAGAAGAGUUGCUGAGUGUGAGAAUGACCUUUAAUGGAAAAUCGUCAGAUAGAACUCCUAACAAGGAAGAUCUUGAAUGGGUAUCCAAGAGGUUGAAUAUUAUCAAUAGCUUCGAAAAGAUUAAUCUCUAUAGAUCCUAUUUACCUUCUCUUCUCUUAUUAGUUGAACAUUUUGAGCCGUACUUUACUAUUGAUUUAAAGAAAGACACUGAUUAUAUUCAAUUAAAGAAAGAGUCCAACACUCUCAAUCAACAAAGUAUGCUUGAAAGCCAAACAUUGGCAAUGUUUGAAGACCAAAAGAGUAACUUUAACCUACUCUUGUUUACUAGAUUUUUUAAAGGAUUUAACGAUAAUCAACUUUCCUUCAUGAAAUUACUAUGUGAUAGUACAGGAUUUUCUAUUAUAGACUGGCUAUUAAAUUACAAAUCCAAUUCUGAAUUUGAUAACCUUGUAGAGAUUUGUAAGAGUUAUACUGACUCGGUAAAGAUUUUACAAUCCUUGAAAAGUUUGGUGGUUGUCAGGGAUUGUAUUUCUGACUUUAUCUAUUCGAAUCAAGUUGACCAUGCAAAUAUUAAUUUUAUUAGCUUGGAAAAUUUUAAGAAUUCAAUGACCAAGUUGGAAAUUAGUAAUGAUGACUUGUCUCAGUUGAGUAACUUGAAGAAGAAUUUCACACUUCUCCUCAGCAUGUUUGAAGAGAAAACAAGAAGUGGAGGUGUUCAGGCUCUCUACGAUCUUGCAGCUAUUACAGAAAGAGGACAGUAUGAAUUUAAUUUGGCUGAUCCUAGUGUCAUUCUAUGUAAGAUUAUGCCAUCACAUCCAAUUAUGAAUACCUCCCAAAUAAGAAGAUUAAGUUUACAACAACAGGUUAUGACUAUUGAUGGACUUGUAGAGUUGAGAAAUAAGUUAAUGUUGAGCGAAAUACCAGACAAUAUCAAAACGUUGGAUGAUGUUAAUUCUAGGAUUAAUCUUUUUGUAAGAUGUAUUACUCUAAUGUUGGAUAUCAAGGCAUCCUUGCUGGAUUUAUGCAAACAAGCUCACUUUGAAUUCCAAGAAAACUACUUCAAGGCCAUAAGAGCUUCAGAGUGUUCUCCUGAAUAUAUUCAAAAGUAUCAUGCUGAAUUACUAGAAAAAUUAGAAAAAUGGAAGAAGAUAACAGAGAACUCGAGGAAUGGAAAUUACUAUAUGAAUCUUUUUAGAGCAAAGGAAUCUUUGAGAGUCUACGAAUUACUUAAGAAAUAUCAACAAGAUUCUGAGAGAUCAUCCAUCUAUGAUUUGUUAUCCAUUCUUAAACUUGGUGAUCAUAACCUAGAGCUGUCUGACAUUGAAAACUGCAUUACCGUUCUCAAUUUGGACUUUGUUACCGAUUGUGCAGCUGAAGAGAAGAUGAGAAAGUUAUGCUCCUUUAUUGAAAGCAUCUUUUCUAGAAGAGAAAAUUCUUAUAGAAAAUCGCAGUAUGAAUUGCCAACCAAUGUCCAAUCUAAAUAUUCGUUAAAUACAUUUGAUGGAGUUUUCAAGAUUAUCAAACUUCAAAAGGAGAAGGAAGUUAUGGAUGCUAUCAUUUCCUUAUACUCACUACGUGGAAGACUUCCUUUGAGUGAGGAAGUUUUGCUGUGCAACUCUUUUAGCACUGAUAUGGAGGAUAUCGAGUUGAUUUUGAAUAGAUGGUUAAACUCCAAGGUGAAAGAAAAGCGUGAUAACAUGUAUUGCAUUGCCAAUAUUCAAGAACUUCCAUACAUUGUUCAAUCUAAAAUGCUUCUCAAGAUACAGGAAAUUCUUUCAUCCCUCUCUAAAAAGGAAAAUACUGGAAAACUAGUUCUUAUUGGUGGUUCAGAUAACAACAAUGCUCGUCUCUUGUUGGAAUUUUCAAACUAUGUUGACAAGUCCUUCAAAACUCUUCCAAAGAAGUAUAUUGUAAAUAUAAUGAAAUCAUACCAAGGAUCCAAUGUCAAAUGUGUUACCUCCAAUAGAACUGGUGCAGGAAAGUCUAGAUUUAUCCUGAAGGAUAUCUAUUUGAAUAAGAAGAAAUACAGUAGAGUAACUGUAUUAGAAGAUUCAACAGUGAAAGAAAUAGUUGGCCUACUCUGGAAAACAACAAAUCAAAAUCAAGGAAAAGAAAUUGCUUUCCAUCUUGCUCUCUGUAACAUAAUACCAAAGCACAUGAAUUCCUUGUUAUUUGAAUUGUUCUAUCUUGGUUGUGUUAGAGACAGAGAAACUGCAAGUGUUUUCCAUAUUGUUCCAAAUAUCCAAUUCUAUAUCGAGAUUCCAAAUAGUCUUUGUGUGCCAAUUUUGAGUGAAUUUGUUUACUUUUGCACUGCUUUGCCAAUUGAAGAAAUAACUACAGAUGAAUCAAGUCUGGAAUUGGUAAACUAUGAACUUAUUAACAUGGAAGAUGAUAGUAUUGAUAUUAUGUGCACAGAUGAUAAUAAGGUACAAUAUGUUUGUAAAUUUUUGAAAGCCUUCGAGGAGAAUGUAUUCAAGAAUGCAGCUCCUAGCGUACCAGAUUUUGAUCCUGUAAAGGCACCAGACUUGAGUCUGAAAGCUUGCUUCAAGCUGUUGUGCAAGUACACUGGAUUCAAACCUGACAAUGCCUCCUUCUCUGUGGUGAACAAUUUUGUACGAUUCUUGUAUGGGCAAUUUUUGAGCACUUCUAGAUAUGUUUGCUUUAAAAAUUGUGUUAUGGAAGGAAGCAUGCAAUUAUUCAAACACGCCAUGAUUGAUUUAAUGAUCAAGUCAGCAAGGGAUUUAACAGCUAUUUCUGUUGAAAAGGACUUUAUUAUUUCGCUUGCUAAGAAGUAUGAAGGAAAACCAUACACUGAGAUUUUACUUCUCCAAUAUGUCGAAAUGUUUGAACAUAGAUUAAGCAAGUGGGAGGAGCAAGCAUCUCAACAUCCUCUAGUUGUUUUCUAUAGAAGUAACAUUAAUGAAAUAACAGGAAUUGAUCUUAUUGGUAUCAAUACUGACAAGCUCGAACUUAAUGAAGAGUUAAAAUACUCUCUUUCAUGUAAUGGUAUAGACUUGGAGACCCCAAGAGAUUUAUCUCAUGAUAGGGCUCAAGAAAUUAUUAGAAAUGUUGCUGGCUUGAAACAGGAUGAAACCAAUGAAAAGAAAAUCAGCAAUAAUUACGUUCUCACUGUAGAUAAUUUGAGCAAGGUAUUGAUGAUUUAUCACAAGAUGAAAUACAAUUUACCUACAAUUCUUUGUGGUGAUAGUGGUGUUGGUAAAUCAGAACUAACCAAAUACUUGUGCUCUGUUCUUGGUAUAAAGUUGAAGAGAUUUGCUGUGAAUGAAGGUCACACAUCUAAUGAUAUUUUGAAUUGGUUGAAUCCGCUCAUUGCAGAAGCCAGACUCAAUCCAAAGAAGGAGAUUAUAGCCUUCUUUGACAAGGUAAACACCUCUAAUAAUUUAGGAUUAUUUAAAGAAUUAAUUUGUGACAAUUGUGUUCAUAAUAAGGUGCUACCUAGAAAUUUGAAGAUUGUUGCCUCCUGUAAUCCAUACAGACUGAGAAGAUAUGCUGGAACAGACAUUGAAUAUGGUUCCUCUGGUCAAAAAUCUGAUAUUUUGAAAGACAAUAUUAGAGCCCUCCAAAGAACCACAGGUUUGGAUAUUCAAGUUUUUUCACAAUGUCUUAUCUAUAAGGUAUAUCCAAUGCCUGUCUCUAUUUUGGAUCAUGUAUUUAACUUUGGCUCUUUGAAUCCUAUUAUUGAACAGUUAUACAUUAGAGCCAUUCUACUCAUGGAAAUCAAUGUUGAGGAUAUCGGAAAGUCUGGACUCUUCUUUGAUUGCUUUACAGAGCUCAUAUUUGCCUCUCAAUCAUUCAUUAGAAAGGUUUAUAUGGAAAGAAGUGCUGUGAAUCUGAGAGAUGUUAAACGUUGCAUUAACUUAUUCAAGAGCUUUUAUCAAUCACUCUCAAAGAGAAAUGGUAUUGAUCCUACCUUUUUCCUAGAGGAAUCAAACUUUAUUAUCAAGAACUCUAUCAUACUUUCUCUUGGACAUUGUUAUUACCACAGAUUGAGUUCCAAGCGUGAUGAAUUUGUGAAGGAGUUGGAAGAUUUAUUCACCUCUUCAAGAAGCAAAAUUGCUUCCUACUUUUCCUAUCAAAAGGGUGACUUUAUCAAUACUCUCACAGAAGAACAAAGAUACUACACGAUGCACUUGAACAUUCCAAAGGGAGUGGCACUUAAUCAUGCUCUGCGAGAAAAUAUUUUCAUGACCCUUGUUUGUGUACUGAAUAGGAUUCCAAUAUUCAUCAAUGGCAAGAGUGGCUCUUCCAAGUCAUUGAGUUUAGAGAUUUUGAGCACUAAUCUCAAUGGAACAGCCAGUGUCAAUAGUUUUUUACGCUCAUUGCCUUCUCUUGAAAUAUUCACUUAUCAAUGUUCACAAAUUUCCACACCUGAGAGCGUCAAGAGUUGCUUUGAAUCUGCCAAGAGAUAUCAGAAGAAUUCUCCAAAUUCUAUUGCCAUAGUUUUAUUGAACGAGGUUGGCUUGUUAGAACAUAGUUCUUCCCAUCCACUCAAAGUUGUCAAUAAGGAAUUGGAAGAGGAUUGCUCUGUCUCUGUGAUUGGUCUUUCUAACUGGACAUUGGAUCCUAACCUUAUCAAUAGAGCAGUCUAUUUGACCAGACCUUCACCUUCAACAUUUGAACUCAAAACUACCUUGUCUGGUAUUGUAAAUUCUGUGCAUUUAGACAGUACUCUCUAUUCUUUGGCCAAGGCUUACCAUGAUGUAUAUAAUGGUCAACAAAGAAAGGACUUUUUCGGAUUGAGAGAUUUUUACCACACUGUCAAGUUUAUUAACAGAAACUUUGACGGUACACUCUCACCAGAGCUACUCACAGAUGCUCUUGCCAGAAACUUUGGAGGAUCAAAUAAUGAAGAGUUCCUUCGAGUUUUGAAUAUCUUCUUCUCCUGUGUUGGUAUGAAUAUUAUCAGCAAUAGGAAGUCAAAGUUGGAUUAUAUUUCUGAAAAUUUGAACGAUACCAAGGCAAGACAUUUAAUGCUACUCACAAAGAAUAAUGCUGCCCUCUCUAUUCUCUUCUCAGAAUUUAAACAAUUACUUGCAUAUGAUAAAGCAGAAGUUGUCUUUGGUCCAAACUUCCCUAACAGUACUAAAGAACUUCAGGUUUGUAUGGAUAUUCAAAGAAUUAAGAAUGCCAUGUCAACUGGUAAAACAGUAGUCUUGGUAAAUUGUGAACAAUUAUAUGAAAGUCUCUACGACUUGUUCAAUUUGCAAUACAUAGAGUAUGAUGAGAAUAGAGUGGUUGGUAUUUCACUUGGUACAUACAGUAGAAUUUGUUCUGUUCACAAGAACUUUAGAGUUAUUGUUAUUGUGGAUCAGGACGAUGCCUACUCACGACUUGCCAAGCCACUCCUCAACAGAUUUGAGAAGCAAACACUUCACAGAGAUGAUCUCUUUGACAAAUCUGCCUCUGUUAAUGUAAAGAACUUGUGCAGUAGAUUGCAAUCGUGGGUCAAGACAACCUUUGGUGAUGAUGAAAAACCAUUUGUUAAUACUCACAAAUCACUCCUUCAAUCGCUUGUUUUAUCACUAGAUACCAAGCAAAUUGAGGAUCCUUCUCUCCAUGACUACUUGUUGGAUAUUUGUAAGAAUGCUCUAUUGUGGAUUACAACUGCAGAUGCUGUGGUUAGAAUGUCCUCUAUCAACAAUAGUAGAACAAGGGAAUAUCUGAAAACAUAUUUUGAAAAGCAAGAGCACAGAGACCUUCCUCAUUUACUUCAUUUCUUGCUCGGUUCUUUGCAAGAGCAAUCUCAAAAUGGUCUGUCUUCAAAUUCCUUAAUUUAUUAUGGAUAUUUCCAACUUUGUUUACUUACCUAUUCAUCUGUAUCUAUUAAUAUUGAUAACUUGAUUCAGGCAUCCAGAGAGAUUGGAGCAAGCAUAGAAUACCAUUCUGUUGUUUCUAUGGCUGAGCUCAAAUCAGAGAUGGAAUUAAUAGAGCUUGUAAAACAAUUCUUUGGAAAGAAAAUUACCUCAGCAAAUGGACAACACUUGCUUGUUUUGCAAUGUGAAAAUAUGAAUUUGGACCUUUUGAACCAAACCAAGUUUAUAAUCCAAAAGCACAGAAAGUGUAUCUCACCUAGUGAGAGUGUCGGAAAGAACAUUUUACUCUUAAUCAAUGUUGUUCCAGGAAAAUCAAUUAACAGUCAGCACUUGAUUGAAUUUGACAUUCCAUGGAAGUUUGCAUUUAUUGAUGAAAUAAGACCAACAGAAACUACAAUUUAUGAAAUUUUGAACAGACCAUUCACCGAACAAAUUCAAACUACUAAUGUGAGACAAGUUAUUAAGAGUAACUUCCGUACCUCUCUGGCAAUGCUAAGAAAAUUCAAUACCAAAAUUAAUGACAUUACUCUUUUAAUUUCAAGAACAAACGAACUCAUUGAUUCUGAUGAAUGUUGGAAAGUUAUUAACAAGAAGGUUUUGGAGAUUUGUCAUGACUACUUUUCUCAAAAUCAAAUUAACUUCUACUCAACCUAUGUAGCCAACCACAUUAACGAAUACUUCCUUGUUGUGAAUACAUACCACUCAGCUAUUCAAUACUGUGUCGAGAGAAUAUUAAUCAAAUCAUUUACAUUCCUUUUGGCUGAAAUUGAUAGAAACGACAAUUUGAGACUCUUCUUUGAAUACAAGAGUACCAACAGAACUGAAGGCACAAACUUGUGGAUUAAACUUUUGGAUGACCUGAAGAGACCUUCAGUGAAUCACAUGUUAACACGAAAUGAACAGACAAUAUCUUCGAUGGCUGAGCUACUCAGAUGGAAACCAAUAGAAGUCAAGAGUGAUGGUAAUAACAAUAGAAUUUUCCAAGCAAGAUAUCCUUUCAGUUACGAAGUUUGUAGAAAUCUACAUAGCUGGAGAAGUGUAUGUGAAAGUUCUAGAUUGGGAGUUUAUGAGGCCUUACAAAAGCAUAUUGACAUGAUCUAUCCUUUCAUGAACAACUUGCCAAGAGAAUAUUCUGAAUUUUUCCUCUAUGAUUACAUGUGUAUCUGUGGUGUUCAGUGUACAGUGUUAACUAAUGAGGUACAAUAUGAGAUUAUCAAAAAGAUGUUAGAUGCAGACCCUUCUGAAGGAUCAAAUAUUGCUAAAAUACUUUCAUUCUAUUGGAGACAGGAGAGAAGACUUCAAUCAUAUUAUGUCUUGUUUGAAACCUUCCCAAAGUCUGUUCUUCAGAGAAAGUUCCUUCAAAAACUUCUUGUUCCUUCAUUGAGAAUAUCUUCCAUUGAAGAGAUUGACAUGCUGCUCUUUAGUGUUAUUUAUCAUAACUUGGAUCCAAGAAAUAUUGAAACCUCUCAUGAUAUUACUGUUGCAAACCAGAGAAGAAAUAUUUGGGUCAAAACACUGACAGAUAUUAAGAGCCCAGUAGAAGUACUCAUCACUCUCAUUCACAGUACUACUAUAAACUUGACAGGUGGCCCAAGAAGUUCAAUGUUGAAGAAUAUUGGAUACAUUCAUGAAAAAUGGCAAAAACUUCAAUUCUACAAGGAGUACCUCCAAGAAAUUGCAAUUCCUCUCGGUAUUGUAAGGGAAAUAUCCAUGAUUUUAUGGCAAAAUAUGAAAACCAAGAGUUUGUCAUCUCAAAGUAGUUUGGAUUUGAUAUUAUACUUUUUAGAUUUGGUUAACAAGAUUGGAGAUAAUAUUCAAAACGACAAAACCAACCAAUCAGAUGAAAGUAGAAAAAAGACCAACAUUACUAGAUUCUUUGAAAUGUUCACAGCUAAAUUCCUUGUGAGGAGAAUUGGAAAAGAGGAUGACAUUGAAAAACCUCUUGUUGGAGCACUGAUGGGUCUUAUCAAGGGAGAGAAUGAAAAAUUCAAUCAAUUAAUGAAGCAGGCAACACAAAACCUCAAAGUUAGCAUUCUCAAAAAGCUCCUACUCAAUAAGAAUACCAAGCCACUUGUUAAUGAAGAGUUGAAGGAAAUUUUCAAAGUAGAACUCAGUCCAAAGACAGAAUCUCUGGAUCAAAGCACACUCAUCAGCUACUUGUCUAUUUAUGAGUCCGUGCUUCAAAACAUACCAGAAGAACAAUUAUCUAAACUUUUAGAAUCUGUCUCUGACAAUUUUGUUGACGUUGCCUCUUGGAAAGACAUUAUCAAGGAUGUCCAUUUACUAGCAGCAAUACGAUGUGCCAUGUCUACCUUCUCAAAGAGACUGAUUCUAGUAGUGGAGAGAGGUGAUUCCAUUAGGGAUUUUAUUUCAUCUAGCCCAAUAGCUCGUCAAUUAUUAUCUUUAUUUGAGAGACCAAACUUUUCCUUCCUCAAAAUGGUUCUUUUGAGAUUAGUUGUUGAGAGAAAGGGUAGAGUAUUCCUGCUCAAGACUUUCCGUUCUAGAGCUUCUCCACAAUUCCCUUGGGUCUCUUCACUCUUGCAAGGUUUCAAGUACACUGACAAUAUUCCACAAAAUGUACUCAUGCACGUGUUGAAUGGAUUGGAAGAAUUAGCCUCUUGUGUAGACAUGAUUAUGAGUCUCAGACAACAAGGAGAUUACAACAGUAAGACUGAGUCUAUUAUCAAACUCAAGGCCUCCCUAGAAGCAAUCAUCAAUACUGGACAACAAAUAGAUAUUCAUUCGUUGAAGAAGUUGUGCUAUCUUGCUGUAGUUGAUAAGUGCUACUUGUCCUAUUGUUCUGAAAAUUCUAACAAGGACAAAUUCACCAAGAUUUUAACCUCCGAGGAUGAAGUCAAUACUCAGUCAUGUCCAAUCGAUAUUACCAAACUCAAGAAUUUCCUUCUCAAACAUGUCUUGAGGGAUGAUAAGGAAGUACACAUGACCAUCAAGUUUGCCUCCAAUGCAUUCAAUGAGGAUAGUUUCUUCUUCCUUAAUGAGAAUACUACUUUGGAAAAUCUGACACUCGUCCACGUUAUUCACCACAUUUGUUCUGUUGCCUUAUCUAAUUAUGUAACAGAUCAAUUUUGGUGGCUCUUAUUGUUCGACCCAUCUUCAUUGAAAGACAAAUACUUACCAAGUGUUACCGAUGAUGCCAGAACACAAGUCAUCAAUACAAUUGAUAAUGGCACUGUCUCCUGGUACAAGUGUGCAAAUAACCAUGUUUAUGUAGUCGAUUCUUGUGGAUAUCCAACUGAAUUUGCAAUGUGUCCAGAGUGUGGAUUACCUAUUGGUGGAUUUGACCAUGUUCCUCACUUCUCCAACGACAAGAUUAAACAGGAUGAGGAUAUUGCACCUACGGGCUAUGCUGUUUAUGAGCAUUUUAAGGAAAGAGACUUGGCUGCAACAGUAAGAGAAAUUUCUCCAGUAUCGUUCAGAAUUAUCAGACUUAUUAUUCAUUCCCUCUUACUGGUUGGUAAUUCAAUCUUCCCAGAAAGAGAAGAGGAAUACAGACAAGUUUUCCACAAGACCAUGUCAAGUGUUGACAAUCUCAAUGAAUUCUUACUCGGGCAUAUCAAGAACGAUUGGAGUAUUCUGUGUGAAUUGUUGGGAGGACAAAAUGAAGAGAAAGCCAGUGUUCUCUUGUUUAAUAUUUUGGAAUUCUUUAGUUACUCUUCCAAGCAGUUGGAGACAAAGAAACGAACCAAUCCAAAACUUCCAUACACAAGUCGUGACAUUUCUACAAAGGCAGGAAGAUCUGGAUGGGAAACUCACUUCAAUGGAUGUGUAACAAUGAUAACAGAAAAUGCUGCAAAGAAAUAUCAACUCUACUACAAACAACUUGAUUCCAUCCAAAAGAAGGGCAAUGAUGUAAUAACCAAUAUUCUACUCUUUUCCUCAGCUGGUGCACCUCAAGAAUUGAAACAACCUAUUCUCCCACUUUCUGAUCCAAUUAGUCAAAUUUGGAAUAUCAAGCCACCAAUUACCUAUGAUCAAUUCAAAUCAUACUUUAUUGCAGAUAAGGCAGAAAGAAAGUAUCCAAUUUUGAGCCUCUUUAUUAGAAAUGAACAUUUACUCUAUCCAACAAGAUAUAUUCCUCAUGUUGUGAAAUGGCAAAAAUUGGUAACCAAUACCUUCUCGAGAAGAAUCGAUCGUCACUAUGCUAGAACAAGAACUGUUAGAGAUGUCUUUUCAGAAUUCAUGUCAUCACUUUCCUUGUCACCAAUUCACUUCCAACUUGGAGCUGAGAAGGCAUCUAUUGAAAAGAUCUUUGAUGGUUGGGCUAAAUCAUUCAAUCACAGUUGGAAAUAUAUUGAAAGAUACCAAUGUUUACCUCUGCCUGCAUGGUGUAAGAAUGUUAGUAUGAGUAAGGAUACACCUCUUUCCUUCUCUAUUCCAGAUGAGCAAGAUGAAGGAAUUUGUGCAUUGGCUCUCAUUCAAUUCCUAGUCGAUAAGCACAAUGAUAUUAUUGAUAGAGCUGGCAAGUUAUUGAACAAGACGUCCACUGAAUCUUCUCCAAUUGAAAUUUCUAGCCGUUUCAUUAGCAAACAUCAUCUUGUGAGUUUUAAUAUUGAAGAAGAGGUGAUGCCUGUCAUUACUGAUUCAGAACUCGACCAAGAUACCAACAAGCAAAAUUCUUACAAGUUUGACUAUCAAAGAGUGGAACAAUUUAUUGUUAACAAGUACCUUUCUGGAAAACCGAAAAUCAAAUUGGAAUUGGAGAAUUUCACCUUCCUUAACGAAACUAGAUAUUCAAGUGGAUUUGGCCAAGUAGGAGGACCAGUUUCUGAGCUCAAGUCCAAGAUUAAACAAGUUGAAUUACCAACAGAUAUGAAACAAGCUAUAGUUUCAGAGUUAAGAGGUGGAGAGACUUCACUCGAUUUGUUCCAAUCUUGCAUUAGACAAAUUGAAGAGUGUAUUUCAUUCUUACAAGCAAUCUCUGGUUCCAACAAUUUGGAGGAAGUUGAAAAGAUGUCAAUUAUUGACUACCUUCAAAAUAUUCUUCUAGUAGAUCCAAAAGUAACAAAGCAAACACUUGCCAAGAGUUAUACUAUCAUUGUCCAUGUCAAGUUAUGCCAUUUGGUAUCCUUGUGGUCCCUCUUAGAGAAUGAACUCUCACCAGGUGCUUCUAUUGAAUCUUCCUCCAUUGCCAACAAGUACAAGAAGGUUCUACCUGCUGAGCUAGUUCAAAAACUCGAUGAAUUCAAGAAUAUCCUCUCUCCAGACGAUUGUUCAAUGCUAGUUUCAUCCAUGAAAGAAUUACUUCUCUCCUACUUUACAAGUGAAACUCUCGAUUCUGAAAUUCCUCUCAAACAAAUGCUUGAAAUCACUCCUGCCAUAGGAGCCAAAUCACAAGAAGGAAACAAAUUAGGCGAUUAUGAAUGGUUACUACAAUUAUCAGAUGAAUUCAAAACAUGCCAUCUAUUUGAAGUUUAUCGACAUUUAAGUAUGCAAAUUAGUAGUAAUAAAUAAAUCCAAUCAUUUUUAUCUGU